UCCUGGUCCCGUCCCGGACCCGGUCGAGCCUGUCGGGGGGAUAUAUGGUGCCGGUGGAGGCAGAGGCGGUGGGUAAGUGCCGGGAACCAGACGCAUUAGCCGGACAGAAGCGACUCGUGAGCGGCGGCGAUGCGGACACCUUUCCCCUGGAGGUUGGUGAAGUUUGCUUCGGCCGCGGCGCUGCUCGUGCUCCCGCUUCUGGUCCUGCUGGGCUCCCGGACUCAGAGCGAAAAGCCGGCCCUCCCGAGCCCGCUCUCUCCGGAGGACUACCGCCUCAUAUCCCCCCGGAGCUACCGGCUCCUCCUCGACCAGCCGCACGCCUGCAGGGACCGCAGCCCGGCGCUGCUGCUCCUGGUGCCCGUGGCGCCCAGGGACGCUGCGGCGCGGCGGGCGGUCCGGGCCACGUGGGGCUCCUCAGGUGGGGACACCCUCACCUUGUUCUUCACGGGGGUCCGGCCCGGUGAGGACUGGGGCUCCCUGCUCCAGGAGGAGAGCCGGCAGCAUGAGGACAUCAUCCAGAUGGACUUUGUGGACAGUUACCACAACCUGACCGUCAAGACCCUGAUGAUGAUGAGCUGGGUGGCGUCCCACUGCCCCAACGCCUCCUACGCCAUGAAGGUCGACGCGGACAUCUUCGUCAACAUCUUCUACCUCCUGGAGCUGCUCGGGAGCUACCCCCGGAGGGGCUUCAUCACCGGGUCCGUCAUCACGGACGGCCGGCCCAGGAGGGACCCCAACAGCAAGUGGUUCCUGUCCGAGGAGCAGUACCCCGACGACGCCUUCCCGCCAUACGUCUCCGGGGCCGGCUACGUCUUCUCCGCCGACCUGGCCCAGAGGAUCUCCGGGGUCUCCAGGUACGUCCGGGCCAUCCCCAUGGAGGACGUCUACGUGGGGCUGUGCUUGCGGCUUCUGGGGGUCCGGCCGGUCUACUCCCAGCGCCUGCUGGGCCUCAGGAACCUCUUCGAGAUCCGGAAGCUGGAGUACGACCGGUGCAGCUUCGCCCGGCGGGUCAUCGUCAACGGGUUCGAGCCCACGGAGCUGCAGGAGGUCUGGAAAGAUUUCUCCACAGGCUACAGCAGCUGCUGACAGCCCAGACCCCCCAGGGAAGGAAUGAAAGCCAUCAGACCCACAGGUGGUCUGCAGAGACCUGGUCCAAGGAUCCGAGGAUCAGGUCCCAUCAGAACGAUGAUGUCAGGAAAACUUAUUCAAUAGUUCAAGCUUAAUCGUGCCUAACUCUAUAGGAUGACAUAUGAAAAAAAUCCUUUAUUUAAAUUUAUAAAUGAACCAAAAACCCUCAACCAGGAACAUAUUCAGAGGCUUUUCAUUAGUGAGAAAUUCAUUUAUCUAGUUGGAAAUUAAAUCCACAUUUACACUGCUGCCUUUUGAGAGAGAGAUCUGUUUAUUAGGAAACAUAUGAGAGACAGAAAACUCUGGCAUGCAUGCCAGGUCAUGAGCUGGAAACACACACACACAUGCAGAGAACAAUAAGCUUUAAAUGUAAUUUCUAUUAAACUAUAAUUUCCUGAAUGCUGGUUUUCAAAGUGUGGAGCAGGAGUUGCUUUCGGGC